AUGGAGAAAUGGGAGGCCGAAUUGCGGAUCUGUGUCGAGAAGCUGCGGCAGAACGUUGAGGAGCGGGAUGAGAUGAUCCGGUUCAUGUCGAGGAAGGCGGAUGAGGAGGAGGAUGUGAAGGAAGCAAAGAUCCAUGGGCACGGAUCGAAGAGCAGGGCCACGUUUGGCAGGAAUGUGGAAGAAGGCGGCGAUUUAGGGGAGUAUUGCACGGAUUUUUCGAGGAUGGGGAGAAUUAGGGUUUCGCAGGGGUUGGAUCCGGAAAAUGCAGCAGAGAUGGAAGCAGCAGCAACAGCAACAAGCCCUGAUGCAACAGGCGUUGCUACAGAAGCAGCAGCUUACCAUCCCGGCGUCCUCGCGGCUGCCAUGUCUCAGCUCCCAACACAAUAUUACAUGGCAAUGGUAAGACAUCCAGGGCGAGCAACAACAUACAAGAUGUUUGAGACCAUCAAAUGGAAACCAGAGAUCAACGCAUACGACACAAGUGGAAUUGUGUUGGAAGAUAUCAACAGUGAUAUAGAACCGAGAGAUGUUUGCUUUAGCUACCCUGCAAGACCUGACAUUCAUGUAUUUUCUGGGUUCUCGUCGCAUGUUCCAAGCGGCACGACUGUGGCUCUAGUUGGAGAGAGCGGCAGUGGGAAGUCAACAGCGAUCAGCCUGUUGGAGAGGUUUUAUGAACCCCAAGCUGGUGAAGUGCUCAUAGAUGACACCAACUUGAAGAAGCUGCAGCUUGGAUGGAUUAGAGAGAAGAUCGGUCUUGUUAGCAAGAGCCCAUCUUAUUCACAACUACUAUAA